UUAUGAUGACAGGAAAUAUAUGAAUGUUUUCAAAAUCAUUGAUGCAAGGUGGACGGAUCAACUUCAUCAACCUUUACAUGCAGCUGGACAUAUUUUGAACCCGGGGCUCUAUUAUAAAAAUAAUGAGAUGAAGACUUUAACUGAAGAAGUGUGGUUGGGAUAUCAUGCAUGUGUUGAGAGGAUAAUCCUAGAUAAAACUUUGCAAGACAAAAUAGGGGAUGAGCUUGGUGUGUACAUGAAAGCUGAUGGGCUACUUGGAAUUGAGUCGGCCAUUAGAGCUAGAACCUUAAGGUCACCAGUUGAAUGGUGGAUGCAAUAUGGUCAUAAUGUCCCAAACUUGCAACAAUUUGCUAUUAGAGUGCAAAGUUUAACUUGUAGCUCAUCCGGUUGCGAGAGAAAUUAGAGCGUGUAUGAACAUGUGAGAACCUAUAUUACGUUAUUACUAAAUUAAAUGGUAUCUUAGUUGUCCAAAGUCCUCCCAUUAAUUACUUUCUACAUAUUCUAUGCAGAUUCAUACAAAAAAG